AUGAUGCGACGAGCCUUUUCAGUUUUUUUCUGCCUCCCGCGCUGCCCCACGGCGCUGCCUUUGCUCAGCGACCAGACGGUGCGCUUCUCUGCGCGUUGUGUGGCGUCGUACCCGUCGCCUGGGACAGUCCGCAGCGAUCCCAGGAGCGGCCGCAAGAAUUACAACUACCUCAAUAGCAAGCGGCUUGUGGAGAACGAGAAGGGGCCUCGCAGCCGCCGAGCGAUCCGCCUGCGUGAUGACGUCUUUUUCCACCGCCGCAUUCAAUUCCGUGAGGAGAUAAACAAGUGCAUUGAGAACGAAAUUCGCUAUUUCCCCGAAAAUGUGAAGAGGUAUGUGUUUUUUAAAAACAGUUCGCCAACAGCGACGGGGAAUGGGUUCCAAGGGAUGCGUAAGGCUCCCGGUUGGGUCCAGCGACGCAUCUUGCAAAUUGUGGAGGACGAAAUCCUGAAAUUGAAGAAUCGGGGUCAUCUUGUGGAGCUGAUUGAGAGCACAGGCACGGUGCCGCCAACCAAGGAGGAGUGGGCACGGUACACCGACAAAAAGGGGCGGAUAAAUAUCAACUUGUACCAUCAUUUUUUUGUGGAGAAACACCUCCGUUGCUUCUGCGUGGGAAAGAAGUGUACUGAAAAGCACAGAUUACUUCAGGCAUUCCUGAUUUUGAAUAGAAAUAACUUUGACGUAUGCCCUCCGUUGUUUACAUGGUCACUGCGUCAAGGGCCUGUUCGUGACGAAGAACUUGUGGAGCGCGGCUCGCAAAAGGAAGUGCGUGACAUUAUAGCCGAAUUGGUGCAGUUCCAGCGCUCAAGCGUCAUGCGGGCGUUUGAAAAGUUGUCACCGAGGGAGAAGGAGGCGUUGCUGAUGCAGGCGGAGGGUAAAAGAGAGGAACUUCGCCGUGAAUACGAACAGGAACGGCUCUUUGGGUCCAAGUUGAUGUGUGGUGUGGCUUCACUAAAGGAGGUUCGAUCCAUGACGAGCCCGGCCAUCAGCUAUUACAACCAGGAGUAUUACAAGUAUGUCAUUCGGUGCGGGGGCUCUGUUGAGGCAACGCUGAGGCAAUCAAAGGACGAGGUGCCAAGUUGGUUUGCACUUCCGAAGGAGACAAAGAUGAAGUACUACUGCUUUGAGCGAUCCAGUGAAAUGCAUCCUAUUAGCGGGGCGCAUCUCUACUUCCGCUACUGUUCUCGAGAUUACGGUUUGUCCCGUGAGGAUUCGGUGGGAAAGUGGUCGAUGCUGUCGGAGCUGCAAAAGGCGGCACUUAACUUUUGUUUCUACUCGCCAAUAUCUGCACCACGUCGGUCUUCAUCGGCCUUCCGCCGUUUUUACUACAAUGAAUGUUAUCGGCACGGUCUUAUGAUGACAGGGAGGGCCUGCAGCAACUACGCCUUCCUCAGACGGGCACGCAAAAUAUGGAUGGGCAUGAGUGCGGAUGAGCGCGCAAAGUACGAGGACACGGAAUCGUUCUCUUCCGUGUUCCCACUGCAACCGUUGUUUUCAUCCAGAGCAAAAGGAAGCAACGCUUCAAACAAGCAACGUCUUCUUGAGUCGUCCACUGCCUCUGCUUCUGCCAGCACUACUGCGGAGAAAGUGGAAACGCUGCGGGGGAGACAAGAGCCUGUGGCGGUGAGCAAGAAGAACGAUGCCGUGGAGGAGGAGGAUGACGAAAACGAAAUGUUUUACUUUAAGGACGAGAUCAUAAACGACGAUGGAACUCAAGAAGAAAACCAAACGUACGACGCAAAAAUACUGUCGCACAUGAAGUUGCGUACGGGGAAAGAAGAAAUUCUUGUCUUUAACAUUUAG